AUGCUUUCUGCCGUCGACCAGAGCCUUGUUCAGACGUACCACCUUCCUCCCAACUUCUGCAUCGGGCCUGCGCCACGCGGUCCUAUCCAGCUCGGCAGCAUCCUCACCAACCUUAGAGAUGUAGAGGUGAUCAACUCAGACUGCCGCGUCCCAAUUGAUGGAGCAAAAGUCUUCUCUCAUGCUCAACAUGGGUUUCAGGCAACGGCAUCCCGCAUGAGGAGAGGAGAGUUGGGCACAUGGGCCAAAGCAGUCGGCUUUGAAGGCCUCGGCGGGGAGUUGAGCGGGUCAAGAGAGACGAAUAGAGAGUCUGAGUACAAAUUCGGCCGCCUUGACACUCUCCAUUUCUCUCCCACGCCAACCUACCGCCGUGCCAGCAUGAAGAAACUCGAUGUGGCCGAAUACGUCGAGGCUACGGGUUGGGUACCGGUCUAUCUUGUGACAGGGCUCAAAGUUGCCGUUCAACCAUCUGUCAAGAUGAGCACCUCGAGAGAUUUUACCGCUCUUGGGGAGGCAGGGGUCUCAGAGGCCACUGGUCUUCCAGCCAAUGUUGGUCCUCGUGUUGACUUCCAAGGCCGAGACCAAUCCUCUGAAGGUUGGUCAACUUCUGACGAUUUCAUCUUUGGCAUAAGGGUUGAGAAGCUUGUCUACAAACGGCGUUGGCUUUCACGCCAGCGCCGUGACGAAGGCCCCCUGCAGUCCAAACUUUUCACCAAGGGAGCCCAGCUAGUUGGAGAGGACGGUGACUCUGACGAGGAGGAUGAAGAUGAGAUUGUCGAGUUGGAGCUUGGCGAGGACUUGGAUGGCAUGGAAAUGGUGUCACAGAUGGAAACUGGGGAAGAGACGAUGUGGGUGCUGCCGGCCAAGUUUGCUUAA